AUGUCGGCGGAGACUUUCGGAGCAGCGAUCGGGAAGCCGCCGCCGGAUGCAAGUCGGAAUCUGGAAACAAAUCUGCCCGGCCCGCACCAUGACAACAAGGACGUGGAAAAGUUGACCGAUCAAGACGAAGGCACAGACGAGCAGCCAAGGCCUUCGCUGGAACGAUGGAACGACCCACAGAUCAACGCCUGGAGAUUCAUUGUCACGAAUUACUCCUUCAUUCUCAUGGGCAUGAAUGAUGCGUGCGUCGGGGCGCUCAUCCCCUAUAUUGAGCCAUAUUACGGCAUUUCGUACACGCUCGUCUCGCUCCUCUUUCUCUCGUCUUUUGUCGGCUAUUUCCUUGCCGCUCUCACCAACAAUCUCGUACACCAUCAUUGGGGCCAGCGUGGCGUCGCUGUCCUUGCUCCCCUGGCCCGGUUGAUUGGGUAUAUCCCACUGUGUCUGCAUCCACCCUAUGCAGCGUUGCCACCGAUCAUGCUGUUUCCCGGGUUCGGAAACGGUAUCGAGGACAGUGCUUGGAAUGCCUGGAUAGGAAACAUGGAAAACGCAAAUGAGUUACUGGGGUUUUUGCAUGGCUCCUACGGGCUGGGAGCUACAAUCGGCCCGCUCGUCGCCACGGCCAUGGUCACAAAGGGUGGGCUGCAAUGGUAUCAGUACUACUACCUAAUGAUCGGACUAGCCGGGCUCGAGUUAAUCCUCACGACCACUGUCUUCUGGGGCGCGACGGGCGCCGUCUACAGAGCCACGCAUGCAGAGGCUACGGGCGGUGUGCGGACGACGACACGGACCGUCAUGCAAUCGCCCGUUGUCUGGCUCGUGGCCUUCUUCCUCCUCGGCUAUGUAGGGGCCGAGGUCAGCCUCGGAGGAUGGAUUGUGACCUUUAUGCUGGUAGUGAGGGGCGCCGAAGCUUUUCAGGCUGGCCUGACCGUUACCUUCUUCUGGCUCGGCCUGGCUGUUGGACGCGUGAUUUUAGGCUUCGUCACUGGGAGGAUUGGAGAAAAGCUUGCCAUAACCAUCUAUCUCGUGCUUUCAACAGCGCUGCAAAUUCUAUACUGGCUGAUUCCGAGCUUUGUCGCCUCUGCCGUAUUCGUGGCUCUCGAAGGGUUUUUUCUCGGUCCUCUAUUUCCUGCUGCCAUUGUCGCCGCAACCAAGCUGCUGCCCAGCGAUUACCACGUAUCCGCCAUUGGCUUUGCCGCAGCUUUCGGCGGUGGAGGAGCGGCUGUUUUCCCGUUCGCCGUUGGGGCCAUUGCGUCUAGCAAAGGAGUCGAGGUGUUGCAGCCCAUCAUUCUCACAAUUCUCGUCUUUAUCUUCCUGCUGUGGAUAACUAUCCCUGGCGGUCUUCGGAGAGGCGGUCUGGAACAUGCACGAGAUACCAACGAAAAGCUGGGACAUCAAUUGCACAAGGGGUAUCAGUGGUUCAGGCAAAAGUUGGGGAAAAGGUAG